UGUUCCUGUGAUCCGCGCCGAAAUCUUUCGUGAGAUGUGAAUUGUUUAUUUUAAUGGAAUGUUUCAAAGUGCUGCGUAAAUAAUGUGAUUGGAUUAUGUAUGUGUGAGUCGCGCCAGUAAAAAUGGUCGUGUUAUUUUUUAUAUCUAUGUUUGUUGCUCGUACCAUGUGCCACACGAUCACACAGCUCGACGUACCUCGCUGGGCAGACCCUAGGAUAGACGCAGAACUACGCUGUCAAUAUAUGCGACAGCCAGACGAUCCAGCGCUGCAUUCUGUGAAGUGGUACAGGGGAAAACAUGAAAUCUUUAGAUAUACGUUUCAAGAAUUUGAAACAAGAUCCUUCAACAGCACAGGAGUAUCAGUAAUAAACAGUUCCUGUGACCCUCUUCUAUGUGCAAUCAUGGUUAGACCUGAACCCGGAACUGCGAGUUACACGUGCGAGGUUUCCAGUGAGGGGCCACGGUUUGCUGUUGACAGACGAUCAGCUAAUAUGACGCUUGCUGUGCUGCCGGAGUAUGAGCCGUUAAUAACGGGCUUACCCACCAUAGUGCAAGCCGGUGAGCAAGCCUUUGUCAACUGUACAUCAGACUACUCGCUACCUCCAGCCAGGAUAGACUGGUUUGUCGACGGAGAAAUCCAAGAGGAUCCCAUAAUAACUGGAAAUACACACGUUUCGGGAGCUGAUGGAGAUGGCUUGCAGGCCUCGUGGCGCACACUUCACGUGUAUCCAGAUGACUACUCCACACAUCGUGGCUUUCUGUCGCUUGAGUGCCGUGCGACGUUGCCGACCCGACCGCCAAACAUACGUAGCAUGGCCGUACGGCUAUUUGUGGCCAGUCGACCUCACAUAUCCUCUUAUAUGUUAAGUAAAAAUAGUGCUGUAUCGAGAAGUACCGUGCAUCAACUUCACUCUUGUUUAAGUAUAUGGACGAUGUUAUUAUUGGUGACAAGAGAAGUGCCUUUGUUAGUAAAAUGACUGUGACUCAAACGGAUUAUUAUCAACUCUUGUGGCGUAAUUUUCUGUUGCUAUCGUCAAUAACUUUUAUUGUUUAGCCACUUAUUACGUAUAUUGUAGUAUUAUAAUGAUUUUUCUUACUAAUUUGUUUAUUUGGCGAAAUUUCGAGCCGUAUUCCACAAUUACAAAAGUUAGUGAGGAAUACUGAGAAUAAAAUAAUCCGAUCUAUAAAAUUUUGUAUUACGUCAUUAUUUUUGUAAAAUAAGUCUUUCUAGGCCUUUCUAUGCAUUAUAAAUGCACAUUUUUCUACUUUAAUCGCGCACUAUUGUACAUAAAUUAGUUUAUUGGUUGUAUAACAACGACUAAUUAUUGUAUAAUAAAAUUGAAUAAAUGUUAUUGAAAUUCGGGUUAACGUCGA